GUUUUCUUAUCAAUUAGACAAUUACCACAAAGUUUUCAUCAAAAUUCAAAAUUUUUUUCCAUUUCGUAAAAUUUAUUUAAUUAAUUCGUUCAUUAAUAAUUAUCAUUCUCUCGAAUAAAACGACCGAAACCAGCGAUGCACCCUUCACACCAACCAUCUCAUUCCUAGUACACCCGAUUCACCUUCAUCACUAUGAAUUCAGCCAUCACCAAAGCGAAAAACAUUCUAUCAAUUUUCCCAAAAGAAACCUUCAACUAUUGCUUUUGCUAUGGAUCCGGCGUCUACAAACAGACAGGAAAAACUGGUAACCCCAUGAUCGAUAUGGUAUUCGUCGUAAACAACUCGUUAGAUUUUCACGAAAACAAUCUAGCCAAACAUUCGUGGCAUUACUCAGCUCUCAAAUACCUAGGACCAAGUACGGUAACAAAAUUCCAAGAGCAAUGGGGAGCCAAAAUCUACUACAAUACUCUAAUCCACCAUAACGAAGAAAACGUCACCUACAAAUACGGAGUAAUCUCACGAGAUGAUUUUGUUACCGAUUUACUAGACUGGUGUUACCUUUACAUGUCCGGCCGACUUCACAAACCGGUAGCAGUAAUUCACGACUCUAAAGAUAACGAAUUAGUUACAGCUUUACGAAUCAAUCUAUUCAGCGCUAUUCACGCAGCUUUGCUCAUUUUACCAGAAAACUUCUCGGAAAUCGAGUUCUAUCAAGCGAUUGCCAAUAUCUCUUACUUGGGCGAUUUCCGAAUGUGGUUCGGAGAAGAUAAGAAUAAAAUCAAUAACAUAGUUCUACCUCAAAUCGAACAUUUUAGAGAGCUGUACUCUACGGUGAUAUCAUCGCUGCAUGAUUUCCUCUACAUACCUGAAAAUAAUAUCGGUAGAAAUUGCCAGCAGAAUAUUAGCCCCGAAGCUCGUUGGCAUCAUUUGAAUAAUUUACCUCGGGUACCUCAAAAGGAAUUAGUCAAGUAUGUGAAUAAAUUAGGAGGAUUGCGUCGUGAUACCGAAGAAGUACUCCAGUCUAUGUCUUACGAUCCCGAUAUAGGAGAAAUACUUCGUAGUUGCUUGAAAAGCACUGUUUUGAAAUCUAGUUUGAGACAAAGUGUCAAAGGAAUCGUUACAGCCGGUAUCGUGAAAUCAAUUCGGUACAGUGGCAGAAAAGUAUACAAAUCGAUAGUUUCGAUGCAUCAUUGAUCUACGUACGUAGUAUUUUCGAUCGUUUAAUCGAAGAAGAAAACGAGGAAAUGAGAUAUCCGGUAUUAGAAUGAUCUAGUCUUGAUUUCAAUUCGAAUGAGAGUAAUUGGCAAAGUGUGUUUAACGUUGAUAAAGUUUGUUACUUGUAAUUUGACGUUACGUUACAAUGUUAUUUGAUAAUGAUUUACUACUCUGUAGUUGAUUCGUGUUUUGUGAACAUCGAUAAUGGAUAGAUUUUAUAUGACUUUUUUCAUAUUCAAGACGUUAGAUAAUUUAUUCGAUGGUUUUUCUAUAUAAAAUGUAAUGAAUACCGAAUGAUCUGAUGUAUUUUAGUUUGAAAUAUACGUUGAAUUGGAAAGUAUAA